AUGGUUACAAUUGUUGCCUUGAUCUUUUUCAUCUAUACUUCAUGUCCUCAUCGUACUUUGGCGAUUGGGCAACAAUCAUUCGAACCAGAGUAUACUGUCGCCAGCGUUGUAAUGCAAUCAGUUGUUCUACCAUGUAAAGCAGCUCUACCUCACGUAGAACCUGAACGAGUUAUGUGGUAUAGGUUAACAAAUCCUGAUAAAUCAACACUUAGCGUUGGCAAACACUUGAUAACAAAAGAUUCUCGUUUAAGUGUUGCUUAUUACAGUGUUGAUCAUGGCUAUUCGCCAGCUAAAUGGGAUUUACAUAUAUCUAAUGUGCGUUUAUCAGAUGCAGCUAAUUAUCAGUGUCAUGUUAUUACCAAAACAAAUCCGAAAUCGUCUCGAUCAAAUGUUAAACUUAUUGUUGAAGAUAUCAUUGUUGAUAUACAACCAACUGACGUUCUUGUCUCACUUGGCGACUCAACACAAUUUUCAUGCCAAUUCACUGGAGAACAUCGCAUACGACGUGAACAAAUCACUUGGCACAAAGACGGCAAACCGCUCGUAACUGAUGCAACCCGCGUGAUAACAUCAAUUGAAUUACCUAACGCAACAGUAACUAAUCUACAGAUCGUGGCUUCUCAACUGAAUGAUAGUGGUUCAUACCGUUGUUCCGAUGGUCAUGGAGCACAGAGUCGAGAAGCCAAACUAUACCUACGAGAUAUCAAUCAACAAAUGUCUCUUCGUUCCUGCUCGCCACAAGUAACAUCGACCGAAGACGACAAGAUGAUGAAUGCAUAUCAUUCUGCUGAACCUGCCCUUCAAGUUGAAGUUAUUUCACCAACAGUACAAGGCGUUGGUUCGAAACGAUAUGUUGAAUAUACUGUGAAAGUUAAAACCACUUUACCAGUAUUUAAAGAAUCAGAAUCAACUGUAAAACGACGUUAUUCAGAAUUUGAAUGGUUACAUAAAGAAUUGCAGUGUGCUGACACGAAAAUCGCUGUGCCAUCAUUACCUGAAAAAGCCUGGCAAAGACAAUUACCAUUCCGAAAGGAUGAAGGUCUUUUUCAAGAAGACUUCAUCGAAGAACGUCGACGAGGAUUAGAAACAUUUAUUAAUAAGAUUGCUUCUCAUCCAUUAGCACAAAACGAACAUGCACUACAUGUCUUCUUAUUCGAUCCUGUGAUUGAUUUAAGCCAGUAUGUCCGAGGCAAAAUCACUAAAAUACAGAUAACACGUCUUAUUAUUCCAAUUCAUCACUUAUCAGGAACUAGCAUUGGAUCACAAAAAGUUGUUAUUGUUUUUUCUACGCAUUUAAAAGACGUGCAUUUUUUUCCACAAGCUACUAAUGUCUACAGUUUAAUUGAAAUCGUUGAUUAUUUCGAAUUCAAACGAACGAUUCGAACACGUAAGAUUUAUUUGGAGGCUCAAUUACAAAGCGAAAAACGUAAACAACAAGCACAUUUGAAGAAAAUUAAUGACAUGCAACGACAGAGUAAAUUAGACAAUAGUUCACCACAUGCUUGUCCACAUAUUCAUCAAGGUUUCGUCCGACAACUAGGUGAAAAACGUCAAGUCAUCGACAAAGAAAAUGAACUUAAAACAAGGAAACUACUGGGUAUAAUGACAUCGAGAGCGGUGCACUUUCCUCCACCAUCGUAUUCUCCGAAUCCAGCGCAACGAAAUCGUACGGCACACCCUGCACAAAGUAACACGGAUUUUCUCGAUCGAGUUGCGAAGACGAGAGGUAGAUAUGAUACAGAAAAAUGGAAAAAAGAUUAUCAGGAACAUAGAGGAUAUUUGAAAUUACGUAAAAAUAAUAGCGUUUUUACUCCAUUGGAUGUUGGUUCAAAUCGAGAAGGAAAUUCCAAGACAAAUUCCGUCGUGAAUACAGCGCGAACAUCACCGCAUGGUACAUCAUCAGAUCCCGAUUCGAACAGACAACCAAAUGAUAAAACAAACUCGUCGGUAAAUGACAAACAAACAAAGCUUUCAUAA